CAAUCCACACACACACACACAGAUGGUUAUGUGCCUCCUCCACUCUCUCCACCAGCCACCACCACCAUCAUCAUGCCACUCCAUCCUCCUUCCGUCUUGUCUCACUUCUGCCUGUAAAUGUGACAAAGAUCCUCAUGUAUAGCUUUAACGGACUCCAGGGGCGUGUUAUUAGCGAGCACCUAUGAAGUCGUUGGCAACUGGGUUGAGGCUAUCAACUCACUCCGCCGCCCGUAGGGCCUGGAUUCGAACCCAGGCUCUCAGCGGUCGCCAGCUCAGCGCUCUCGCCCUCUGCGCCACCGUGCCACCGCAAGGCAGGCAGCUCAACGUGGCAACAGUUCGGCAUCGCGCCGAAGGAGAACCGACGGGCGCUAUAGAAUGCUGCAAGCCCGCCCGCCGAGCAAAGCGUCGGCGAUGCGGCACGCGCUGUCGAGCGCGCGGCUCCAGCGCUGCCUCCACGCCAACGUGGCCGAGUCGCGUAAGCUGGCCGAGCGGCUCGAGAGCGUGGAGCUCCUCAGGGCGAGGGCGGCCCAGUCGGCCGACAGGGCCCGGCGGCAGCUGCGGCGCGAGCUGUCCGCCGUGCGCCUGUCGACGGGGCGGCUGGCCGAACGUCGCGCCUUCCCGGGGCCGGAGACCGACGCCGCUCGCGAGAUUCUCCGCGUCGUUCCGCGACGGCCGACGAGGACGCCCGGCGGUGGUGGCGGCUGCGGCUGCGGCGGCGGCGGCGUGGCCCUCCCCGCCGCUACCGAAACGCUCCCGCCCGGGCCGUCCGUGUCGAUGUCGGCCGGCCGCGCGGAAGUCCACAAAUCCACCGACGGCCACAAAUCUGUCUGCGGUGGUGCGGGCGAUACGGGCCGAGGAGGAGGUUCCGGCGGCGGAGGAUUAGGUGGAGUAACGGUGAUGGCAUCGAGGAGUCCGCUCGCCACCAGGAGGUCCGGGGUGAGGUCGGCCUGCGCGGGGUUCGGCGCCACUUCCGGAGACCCCAGGGCCAUGGCGGGCACACCCGGAGCGUCCCUCUCGACGGCGCAGAGGCGCCGCCUGCUGAAGGCCCUGCUGCCCUCGAGCCCCAGUGUCAUGGAGACAAGGAGGGCCCGCAGUGCCGACCUGGCGCGCGAGGCCAGAGACAGGGCCCUCGCUUUCCUCGACUCGUUCGAGAAUGGCCCCUGCGGUGGUCUCGUGCGGCCGAACACCGCGCAGCCAUGACUCAACAUCGUGAUACGCAACGGAAGAUUGUUGUUGUUUUAGCUCACCAGCAAAUUGAAGAACAAUUGUCGCAACCACAUUUUCGGCAACCAGAUACGACGUUUUCGCAUGAAACUCUAUGCCAAGCAUCUUCUGGGAAAAAAAAACCCAUCAGAAUUUGCCCGUGUUGUCACCGCAAUGCGGCGCUGACGUUCUCCGCACACAUCUCAGAUUUCUCCUGCACGUUAACCACGCCCCUCUCUGACCGGCUUUCCGGAGGAGUGCCUCCCCCCCCCACCUUACUGGUGGAGAAAUCGCUGGCUCAGUGAACAGUGACGUAACAAUCGCUAUCCAAAUGUGAAAUCCAUGCACGUGACCAGGGAAACAUGAACCCAUGAGCUAAUAUGAGCAGGGCCUUAGGCUGUGAUAUUUGUAGGCUCUCCUCGAGGCCCUCCAUGUCACGUGGAAGUAACAGCUGAGCGACGAUAACAUCGGAACAUUCGCCAUCGUCUUUGAAUUACGAUGACAGCAUCGUUCAUGACUGUGCCACACAGCAGCUAAAGCUAGAGAAACAAAAACAUUGUUGGAAGAAAUCAGUGGAGUCAUUUUUAUUUUAUGAAUUCACCUUGAGUUGAAUUUUUUUUUUAUUUGAAAUUACAUCGGUAAAUAAAUGUGUCUGAUAACGUCAUAAUUUGUCAUUUUUUUACGGCUUCAGUUGAGGCUAAAUUUAAUCUGCUCCUGCUGCUGUUCCUCCGUUAAAGGUGCAAAGUUGGCAGUGGUUCACAAUUAACGCUCGGCGGUUUUGUGCACGGUGUGUUUUGUUGUUUAAUACCUCACUUCUCUUACACAGGCGAUGUUGAACUGAGUAAUUGCCCCUCGUGUAAGUUGUGGCAUUUUACACGUAAUCCGCUGUAGUUUUGUUUAAGCGCUAUUCCAACCGUCGUGAGUUUGUUGUGCUAAUCCGACCGCGUAACUCUUUUGCACGGCGUGGAAUGUCUUGCAACAUUGUAGCAAUGGAAAAUGAAUGCAAGGUUCAACAAAAGUCCCUUUUCUAAGGGUUUAAGCGGUGUACCCUUGCUGACUCGGAUACAAAGUUGUGGGCUUUUUAAAAUGUGGUUACGA